UACGCUACACUCAACACCACCGGAUUUGAGUGAUUUCCAUCUGCUUUCCACUUUCACUUCACCUUGUUCCCGGAGACGCAUCAAUUCGAAAUUGAUCCACAGGCACAGCAAUACACACAAAGAUGACGGAGGCUGUGAUUAGGAAGAAGCCAGGAAUGGCGAGCGUGAAGGACAUGCCGAUUCUUCAAGACGGUCCUCCUCCUGGUGGCUUCCCGCCAGUCCGGUACGCCCGUCGGAUCCCCAAUAAAGGACCCAGCGCCAUGGCCAUCUUCCUUGCUGCUUUCGGCGUUUUUUCCUACGGGAUGUAUCAAGUGGGCCAGGGCAAUAAGAUCCGCAGGGCACUCAAGGAAGAGAAAUAUGCUGCUCGCAGAGCAAUAUUACCUUUGCUUCAAGCUGAAGAAGAUGAAAGAUUUGUGAAAGAGUGGAAAAAAUAUCUGGAGUACGAGGCAGAAAUAAUGAAGGACGUUCCAGGUUGGAAAGUUGGUGAGAAUGUCUACAAUUCUGGGAGAUGGAUGCCCCCAGCAACGGGUGAGCUGCGCCCAGAUGUCUGGUGAUACAAUGUUGUCAGUGUGCAUGUUUAAUUUUUCAAGACUCAAGAAUCAUUGCUAUCUCCUCAUCCAAGUUUCUUUUGUCACUUGGUGGUGUUUCUUUUCUCAUGAAAUAAAAAUUUAGCUGAUAAACUCCCUAUAUGCACUGUUAGUACCGCCAACAGAAAAUGUCAUUUACUUCAUUAUCAUCUUUCCAUCAUUAUCUGUUUAAAGAUAAAAUUUUCAGUACAGACGUUUUGGCAGUAAAUACAUCUUGGUUGUUCCACUUC